UUAGUUAGUUGGUCUUUUAGUUCGAGGAGAAUUCGCGCUACGAGUGGUUGUACGAGAAGAUUUGUGCUUUCGCGACGGGUUCAAAUAAACGGUUAAUUUUUUUUUUCUCUGUUUUACUGGGCGUUCUAAUUGUGGGUGAAGCCUUUCGAGAUAUUUUUUCCAGUAUGACAACAUCAAGCCGCUGCACCUGCUGCUGUCUGGUUCUGCUCACACUAAUCGCGUUGAAUCCGACAUGCGCCACGAUACCAACUAUUGAUAAUAUCGUUCAAUUUCUGCAACUACCUGGCUUCCAGCAAAACCUGCUACCUCAGGCACUGGUUUCUGCGGAUGCCUCGGCAAUGGCCGAUAGCCCUGUGACGAUGACGACGAUCAAACCACCCCCUGGCAAAGACAUGACGAAACCGCAAAUGGAUUCACCCGAAGACGACGCCGCCAAUCCGACCCUUAAACUGGUGACCCGAGUUCUGGACACCCUGAGAACGCCGGCUGUGGCGGCCAUCGGGCAAAGAUUGGCGGCACCGGUUGCAUCCGCCCUGCUCGCACCCCAACGGCGAGCACUCCCCGGUUGUCCACUGUGCGACGCAUCGGUGUACAGCUACUGCGACUACAAAGUGUUCCACGAUGGUUGCUGUUGUGGAACAAACAGCUUCGGGGGAGGCUUUGGUGGAGGUUUUGGAGUUAAUGGAAUCGGUUAUGGGAGCUGUGGCCAGCAGGAAGACUGCAGCAUCUUGUACGCCAACUCUUGCUACGAACAUCAACUGAUUGUGAACUGUUGCUGCAAUUCACCGUACUAAGAAGAUUUCUUUCACUGAAAGCAUCGAACAUAACUUAUUUUAGGAAUUAAGAUUUAUUUAUUGCGAAAGCAUUCUGACUCACUUUCGAACGCUAUGAAUACAGAGUUGGUUUUAAACUUAGCUAAAAAAUAUUCCAUCUUGCAUCAGUCACGCAGCCAUAGUAGUAUUCUCUUCUCAUCAUCCGCCAAACAAUGCGGUUGGUCUUUCCAAAUUCACCACAACCAUACCCCGAUCGCUCCGAUCGCAGUAAAAUCGUGCCACAAUCCCAGUUCACAUCGCAGCGAAAAUAUGACUCAUUCCGGUCCAUCCAUGAACGGAUAACAAUCCAAUUCGAUCAAUUUGUUUUCGAUAUUUAGGUAAUGUAAGAGCUUAAAUUUUAAGAAGUAUAUUGAUUCUAGUAAUGGCUUGACCAUAUCUAUUGAUUCAUAGACGUACUAAAAUAGUAGAUGGGCGAACUGCUUAGAAGAACGUACAAUUCGUAGGAUGGAUAAAGUGAUUAGAGAGAUUAUAUUUUCAUUCCACUUAAUCAAGCUAGUAGCUACUGUCUUUGAUCAGUUCUAGUAAACUCUUAAAGAAUGACGUACGAUACAAAAGUUAGUCUUGAAAACGUUUCCAAACACUUGUUUAUUAGCUGUCUCAAACUAUAAAUAGGUAAAUUUUAGAUCUGCAUUUAUCAGCAAUGCAUUCCUUUUCUUAAUUAUGGCUAAAUUCUUUUCGAUUGUAUCAUUAAAAUAAAACGUACAACCUACUGUGUAACAAAUUGUCAAGAAAUAAUUAAAUUGAUAACUUAAUUA